AAAAUGAGUGGAAAACUUGUUGCUUCACAAUUAUUUAUUGAAAGUUUAAAACAAAGGAACAGGCACAGAGCAAUUGCUUUACUACUAAGAGAUGGGCAGAAAAUAAAGAACAAAGAACUAAAAAGGCAAUUUUUGUAGAAACAGACACUUUUAUACUGAGCUAAGGCAAAUUCCUAAGAUAAGGGAGGGCCUAUCAGAAGACACACAAGUAUAGCAUGAUUAACACUUAGCCAAUGAAAAAAUUGAAAGAUGAUAAACAGUUAUACGUAUCAUUCUGCCACCAGGAGAAAACACAAGUCAUAUGGUAGUGAAACUGCAAACUCAUUAAUUCAAUUAAAACCUUAUUAAAAGCAUAAAGAACAACUGAUUCCCAUAAAAUCCACCCCUCCCCCCGAUUCUAAAACACACAUUUUGAAUCACUACAUCGAAAAUUCAGAGGCAGGACAACUUAAAAGUAUCUACAUUACGGAGUAAUCAAAAACUAUUUCAGUUAUAUAUUAUCAAAGAAUAUAUACAUGUUCUUCAAAGCAUUUAUCAUAUUAUGUCAUGAUUGGACGCACUUAUGAGUUUGGAUUAUUCUGGUGAUGAUCACCUCCGAACAAAUACAAAAAAUGUAGAUUAUGAUCAUACAUAUUAAUAUAACUAUUAUGACUUUUAAUAUUGGGUAACCCCAGCAUCCAAGACUGAAAUGAAUUCAAUUAAAGAAAUCUCAUUCAUCAGCAUUCAGGACAUCUUCAACGAGCGGUGGGUGCUUCAGAAAGGUGGUGUCCAUCAUUAAGGACCCCCAUCAUCCAGGACAAGCUCUCUUCUCACUGUUACCAUCAGGAAGUGGGUACGGAAGCCUGAAAGCACACACUCAGUGAUUCAGGAAAUGCUUCUUCCUCUCUGUCAUCUGAUUUCUAAAUGGACAUUGAACCCACAAACACAAGCAAGAGAAAAUCUGCAGAUGCUGGAAAUCCAAGCAACACACACAAAAUGCUAGAGGAACUCAGCAGGCCAGGCAGCAUCUAUGGAAAAGAGUACAGGCAACAUUUUGGGCUCAAACCCUUCAGCAGGAUUGGAGAACAAAAGAUGAGGAGUAGAGUUGAAAGGUGGGGGAGAGGAGGGAGAAACUGAGUGUGGUAGAUGAAAUGAGGGGGGGGAGGGUGAAGUAAGGAGCUGGGAAGUUGAUUGGUGAAUGAGAUACAGGGCUGGAGAAGGGGGAAUCUGAUAGGAGGGAACAAAAGGCCAUGGAAGAAAGAAAAAGGGAAGAGCACCAGAGGGAGGCGAUGGGCAAGUAAGGAGAUAAAGUGAUAGAGGGAAAAGUGGAUGGGAAGAGUGAAGGAGGGAAGGAGAAGGGCUUUACCGGAUAUUCGAGAAAGCAAUAUUUCAUGCCUUCAGGUUGGAGGCUACCCAGACGGAAUACAAGGUAUUGUUCCUCCAACCUGAGUGUGGCCUCAUCACGACAGUGGAGGAGGCCAUGGAUAGGCAUAUUGGAAUGGGAAUGGGAAGUGGAAUUAAAGUGGGUGGCCACUGGGAGACUCCGCUUUUUCUGGCGGACAGAGCGUGGGUGCUCGGAGAAGCUGUCUCCCAAUCUACGUCGGGCUGGGAUCACCGGACACAGUAUAUGAGCCCAAUAGACUCACCUGGAAGGACUGUUUGAGGCCCCGAAUGGUAGUUGAGGGAGGAGUUGUAACACUUGUUCCGCUUGUAAGGAUAAAUGCCAGAGUGGGGAGGGACGACUGGACGAGGGAGCCACGUAGGGAGCGAACCCUGCAGAAAGCAGAAAGGUUGGGGGGGGGGAGAUGUGCUUUGUGGUGGGAUCCAAUUGAAGAUGGCGGAAGUUGUGGAGAAUUAUGUGCUAGACGUGGAGGCUGGUGGGGUGGUACAUGAGGACAAGAAUGAAUCCUAACCCUGGAAGAGUGGCGGGAGGAUGGGGUGAGGGCAGGCUUGCGUGAAAAGAUGCGGUUGAGGGCAGCGUUGAUGGUGGAAGCCCCUUUCUUUGAAAGAGGCCAUCUCCUUCAUUCUGGAAUGAAAAGCCUCAUCCUGAGAACAGAUGCGGCGGAGACGGAGGAAUUGAGAGAAGGGAGUGGCAUUUUUACAAGUAACUGGGUAGGAGGAGGUAUGGUCCAGGUAGCUGUGAGAGUCCGUGGGUUUCUAAUAUUCAUCAGUAGCUGAUAUUCAUCUGGAGCUGUCUUCAGAGAUAGAGACAGAGAGAGCAAGAAAGAGGAGGGAUGCGUCGGGAAUGGACCAGGUAAGUUUGAGAGCAGGGUGGAAGUUGGAGGCAAAGUGGAUGAAGUCGACGAGUUCAGCACGGGUGCAGGAAGCAGCACCAAUGCAGUCGUCGAUGUAACGUAGGGAAAGUGCGGGACAGCUACCAGUGUAGGCAUGGAACAUAGACUGUUCCAUGUCGCCGACAAAUAGGCAGGCAUAGCCACGACCCGAGCGAGUGCCCAUGGCUACAUCCUUUGUCUGAAGUGGGAGGCGCCAAAGGAGAAAUUAUUAACAGUGAGGACGCGUUCCGCUAGGCGGAGGAGAGGGGUGGUGGAGGGCAACUGGCUGGGUCUGGUGUGCGGAAUGAAACGGAGAGCUUUGAACCCUUCCCGAUGGGGGAUGGAGUUGUACAGGGACGGGACAUCCACAGUAAAAAAUAUGAUGAGGGCCAGGGAACUUAAAAUCUUUGAAAAGAUCCAGAGCGUUGAACACUACCUCACUUUCAUUAUUUCUGUUUUUGCAUUAUUUUAAUUUAACUAUUUAAUAUACAUAUAUACUUAAUGUAAUUGAUUUUUUUUCUAUAUUUAUCAUGUACUGCUGCCGCGAAGUUAACAAAUUUCACCACAUAUACCGGUGAUAAUAAACCUGAUUCUGAAUGACUCCGGCUGCAUUCCAACUGAAGCUGCAUCACUGUUAACUUCGCCCACUGGGUUGGCAGAAUCACUCACCGAAGGUACCUGCUGUGCGCUGUUACUUUGUUUCAGUUUGUCCUGUAACUCUGAAAAGCGCGCCUCGAUAAGGCCGGAUGCUGUUUUCCCAGUAGGUAACAAGGAGUCGUUCGUUAUACUUUUUAACUGUCUCUAUCAUACUGAUCCUUCAGUAUGUUACACAUUUCUUCCUUCCUCUCCCCCCCCCCAUGAUUACUUAAUUGAUAAUCUACUUGCUCAGUCAAUUUGCCAUGAGCUCGUUUGAGUUCACACACUUGAUUCUCAAGUUUGCCACGUUCGCAUUUAAGUUCAUUUAUUUAACUUUCUAACUUGGCAAACUCGCGCUUUCUUAGCUCUGAUAAUAGUGAUAGCGUCCAGCCAAAUUUUAGAAUCAGUCUCAGAUUUAAUAUCACCGGCAUAUGUCGUCACUUUAAAAAAAAAUCUUUUCAACAUCACUCGUAAGUCAAUUUUCACUAGACUAGGCAUCAACAGCACAUUCCUCCCGGAUUUUGUUUUCGUUAAUCGUAUCAAAUUCAUAUACAAUAUUCAAGUAAGCGUUUAAACCCACAGCAACCGGUUCUCUCACAGCUAGAGAUUCUGCAGGUUGUUUCUCAACUUUGGCCACUGUUCAAGGUCGAUGUCAAUGAGUACUCUUCACUUAGAAGUCAAUCAGUUACCAGCAUCGCAACCCAAAAUGUAUAACUAGAGUUACGACCGAAAAUAUACCAGAAUUAUGAUCCAAAACACGACCCGAAUUUUUACCGGAGCUGCACCUGAAAUAUCAAUAGAAUCGAACCACAGUAUAAAUAGACUAAUAACACAAAUUAUUUAAACAGAGCUGUGCCCAAAAGGUAUCAGUCGAGUCACGAGCCCAAUUAUUUUACUGGAGUUGUGCCCAAAAGGUAUCAAUAGAGUUGCAACCCAGAAUAUUUAGCACGAAAUCGCUACAAAUGAAGUAAAAUAGUUUUCUUCUCACUCUUAAAACUUCCUUCAGAUGGUAUAGGAAGGCAGAAUCAGACGAAUUAUCCUACAAUUCAGGGAUGGAGGAUGCUCUUGCCUCCUAUUAAGUGCCCACUAAAAGUUCCUUCUUUGCUCUAAGAAUUUUCAAACUCUUUUUCAUCAUCAUCCUUGCCGACUGCGCCAAAAUUGUCGAAUCGGAAAUCACCAGAUCCUAAAUAAAUGAUUUCCAGGCGAAAAGAUUCAAAGAUGAUCGCAGUCUUCUCCAUAAACAAAAUGAAAUGUACAGCAAAAAAAAAGCUGGGUGCACGAAUAUCUACAAAGCAAAGUGGACCCUGGAUUCAAAGAUGAUCCCAUUAUCCUCAAAAACGCAUAUACAGAAACAUGUGCGUGCAGGGAUUUCUAUGAAGCAAAGUGGACACCUAGACGACUCUCAGGGUAAGGAGACUGCCGUGCUUCUCAGGGGACUUUGCCAGCCAUGUAGGUCUCGGUCAGCGAUGCCUGGCACUGAUUCAAUGAGUCGUUCGGGUAUCUCCGUGUCGCCGUUUUGUGACGUCAUCGUCGGCGGCCAGUCGGCGCUGAGCUCGGAGGGAAGAUGAGCGGCCGCCGGGCGAAAUUCGAUCUUGUUCAGGAGCAUGGUGCUGGGGGUUAUGACUCAGAAUUCAGUGAUGAUGAAAAUGAAGCAGAGAUAUCCAAUUGUAAAAGUCAAAGGACAAGAAAUGAUGCUACGAUACUUAAAAAGCCAUUCCAAAAGGAAAAGUACACCCGAUUGCCCCACAAGCAAGUUGCAGCUCAGGAAGGGGACAGGGAAGAAGCAAGAAACCGACGUUUCCAUCUUAUUGCCAUGGAUGCUUAUGCACGACACAAGAAGUACAUCAAUGAUUACUUGCUUUAUUAUGGUGGCUCCAAAGAAGACUUAAAGAGAUCAACAGUGAAUGAUAAAACAGACCUGGAUGUGAUAAGAGACAACCAUAGAUUCUUAUGGACAGAAGGUGAUGAAACUGAUAUGAACUGGGAGAAAGCAUUGGCAAAGAAAUACUAUGAUAAAUUAUUCAAAGAAUAUUGUAUUGCUGAUUUGAGCCAAUAUAAACACAAUAAGAUUGGAUUUCGGUGGCGAGUAGAUAAAGAAGUAAUUUCAGGAAAAGGUCAAUUUUGUUGUGGAAACAAGCACUGUGAUAUGAAAGAAGGUCUGAAAAGUUGGGAGGUUAACUUUGGAUACAUGGAGCAUGGAGAAAAAAGAAAUGCCCUUGUGAAAUUGAGGGUGUGCACUGAGUGCUCCUAUAAGUUGAAUUAUCAUCACAAGAGGAAAGAAGCAAAAUCUGCAAAGAGGAAAGGUAAAGAGGAACACCAUGAUGCUCCAGCGGAAAAGAUAACCAAGACCAGAGAGAAGCAAAGUUCCAAAAGCAAGGGCAAAUCUUCUGCCAGCAGAACAGAUAGUGACGAUGAUGAUUCGGAUAAAGAAUCAGAAGAUACACCAAAUACAGAAGAUCCCUCUGAGGCUGAAUAUUGGAAAGGACCAUGUCAAGAUGUGGAAGAUAAGACCAGGGAGGAUGAAUUUGAUGAAUAUUUUGAAGACAUGUUUCUGUGACCUGUGCUGUGAAGAAGAUACCAAAGGUUAAUUACUUCAUUCAUUUUGUUCCAAAAGAAGAUAUCUUAAUUAUUACUCAAAUAUCAAUUUGUCCUUUCAUUCUGAAACAUAAUUUUACACAAGCAGUGCAUUUUAUGUUUCACUUAAAACAGGAGAAAACCCUGAAAAUUGAACAGUGUAAAUCAAAACCAACAAAUUGAGAAGAUAAAUAUUUUGUAUGAAUUAAUUACAAUGUAAUGUUCACAGAGGAACUGCUAAUUGCUACAUUUAGUAAUAUGUUGAGGUCAUCUUGGGGAAUCUCUAUAUUCCUCAGAAAUUUCAAAGAUAAUAUUCCAGAUAAAGGGGAAUGGGCUAUCUAAUAACUCAAUAGACUUGCUCUUUAGAUAGGUCAACAGGGUUUAAAUACACUUUUUAUUAAUUUAUUUUUUAUUAGUUGAAAAUAUUUGGUAUCUUUCAGAAAGAUGCUUAAUUGUCAAUGAAAUCCCAGAGAGUAAUUAGUGAAGUGUCUGUAGUUUAUAUAAAUAUAGUAAUAAAUUGCAUAUUCUCUGUUGUUUUGAGAGGCUGAUUUGUAUAGGUUUAAGAAAGUUAUUUCUUGUGCAACUUUUUAUAUUAAUGCUAUGCCACUUAUUGUGCAACUGAAUUUUCCUCAUAAAUAAACCACUGUACAUUUAAACUUCAUCGCAAUCUUUCAUAACCUUUGUUGUCUUCUCUCUCCCAAGGUAAAAAUAUUGUUCUCUGUAUGCACAAUGAUAUGGAGGGAAUUACUGAAUAUUAGCAAAAUAUAGAUUACAGGUGUCCCCUGCUUUUCAAACGUUCGCUUUACGAAACGUCACUGUUAUGAAAGACCUACAUUAGUUCCCUGUUUUCGCUAACAGAAGGUGUUUUCACUGUUACGAAGAAAAUCAGCGCAUGAUAAAAAAUCAGAGCACGAUAAAAGGCAGCGCGCGCCCCGAGCAGCUGCUCUCUCCCAGAUUCGGAACGUCAUUCUUGCCAGCGUUGCUUAAACACGUGCCUGUGAGCAGCCAUUUGCAAGAUGAGUUCUAAGGUGUCGGAAAAGCCUGAAAGAGCACAUAAGGGUAUUACACUUAGUGUAAAACUAGACAUAAUUAAGCGUUUUGAUCGUGGCGAAUGAAGCAAGGAUAACGUGAGUUUGGCUUGUGGAAGUUGACGAAGACGAUGUUGAAGAGGUUUUGGCAUCCCAUGACCAAGAACUGAUAGAUUAAAAGCUGAUGCAAUUGGAAGAGGAAAGGAUAAUAAUCGAAACCGAAUGCGGUAGCAAACUGAACGUGAAGCAACUGCAUGAGAUUUUCGCUGCAAUGAUAAAGUACGACUUUAAUUUUGAAAGGGUACGUAGGUUUAGGGGAUAUUUGCAGGAUGGUUUGAGUGCUUACAAAGAACUGUAUGGUAGAAAAAUGCGCGAGGCUCAGCAGUCAAGCAAGCCUUCCACAUCAGCCACAGCAGACAACGAACCUCGACCUUCGACAUCGAGGCAGGCAGUCAUAGGAGAAGAUGAGCUGC